AUGCCCAUGGAAAAGGGUCAGGUCAUCAUGAGAGCACAAAGUGUUGAGAUUUUGUCAGGAAAUGGGGUGUUCACUUCUACUGUUUCCGAGGUGGAUCUGUUCCAGUGUAGACGAAGUUCAGGGCAUGGUAAGGCAGCAGAUGAGCAAAGGGACAUGGAGGUGGGAGUCUUUGGUGAUGAAGAGGUUCAGAACCUGGGAAAUAGAAGGCUGGAUGGAGAUCCUGAAGUCAGUCAGAGGAUGGAGAUGAUGGACAUGGAGAUGACGUGGACCAUGACUCCAAGGGCUCCUCAGGGACUGGGGAGGAGGGACCAGAAGAUCAGAUGGUGGGAGGAGGAGAGGAAAGCAGAGGUGACUCACAGUGCAAGGGCCAGUAUCUCGACCAACCUUCGGGGUCAGUUCACAGUGGACAUAAAUGAAACUUCAGGUGUUCUCGGGAAGAAGGAACAGGAAGCUGAGUCAGGCAGAGGUCGGUUCAGCCAUGAAAAUCCCACACAUAUUACCAGGACCGGUAACAUAUACGUGAGGCAUCCUGUUAUUCGAAUAACAGGAGUUCUCACCUCGCAGCUGCACAACCUGGAGGAGUGGCUGCGCCUGGGCCUGGCCUAGUGCGAGCAGAGCAAGAAGCUCCUCACCAAGCAGGCCGGUGAGAUCAAGUUACUCAAGGAAGAGUGUAAACGCAGGAAAAAGUUGAUCUCCACCCAGCAGCUGAUGACUGAGGCCAAAGCCAGCUACUACCAGUGCCGUUUCUGUGACAAGGCCUUUAUGAACCAAGCUUUGCCACAAAGUCCUAUUCAGUGCUGCCACCCUGAAGAUUCCCAUCUUGCAGAAUAUAAGACAAGGGUACAGACUGACAAGCUCCAGAAUGAGACCGCCAUGUUGAAGGAGCUCACCAAGUGUCAGCUAGAGGCUGCACAGCAUGGCCAUGCAGUCAGAUUCUCUAAGGAAUAUGAAAUGUAGAAAACAAAAGAGGAAGAAUUUCUGAAGUUAUUCGAUAGAUGGAAAGAAGAAAAGGAGAAACUAGUUGAUGAAAUGGAAAAAGUCAAGGAAAUGUUUAUGAUGGAGUUUAAAGAACUAACUUCUAAGAAUUCAGCAUUAGAAUAGCAACUGUCAGAAGUCCAGAAGUCCAACAUGCAGAUCAAGUCAGGCACAGGCACGUUAAAAGAUGCAAAUGAGUUUAAAGAAGAACAUCCUCAGCAACCCCAGGAUUUCCAAAAUGUGAUGCAACUUCUUGAUAGUCAGGAAAGCAAGUGGACAGCUUGAGUUCAGGCUCUUCAUCAAGAACACAAGAAAGAGAAGAGCCUGCUCCUGUCUCAUAUAGAGAAACUUCGAAGCCUAAUGAUAGAUGAUCUAAAUGCAAGUAAUGUAUUCUACAAGAAAAGGAUAGAAGAGCUAGGGCAGAGGCUCCAGGAGCAGAAAGAGCCGAUCAUCACUCAGAGACAAAAGAUUAAAGAGUUUACCAGUAAACCAUUAAACAGUGUCAGUGAAGCCAGAGGGAAUCCUUUAACCCGGCAAACUUUUGAAUCGAAGCCAACUACCCCAACUGUACCUAUGAAUACCCCAGCACCACAGACUUUGGAUGCUAAGUCAAGUCUAACAAUGGCACAUGAACAGGCAUUCUCAUUGCACAUACUGGAACCAAUAGAAGAACUUUCAGAAGAAGAAAAAGGAAAGGAAAAUGAACAGAAAUUAAAUAACAAGAUACAUUUAAGGAAACUGAAGAAUAACCCUUCCCUCACUAAGGAAAUAAGAACAGUCUUGGAGGAGAGAUUGGUGGAGUUACUGGAAACCUUGCGGAUUAACGCAGAUAUACGUGGUAUUCCAAGUGACCACUUGAAUAGAGUGCUAAGAACCAUAGUAUCAGCAAGACAUGAGCGGGAAUGACAAGUACCUAACAUUCAGCAAAUUCGUGAAUUCCUUGAACGUCAGGUCACGCGUAAAAUUGAGCAGGGAACACUACUGUCCACAGACAGGUACAGUGCUUCUCAAGUGGACACCCUUUCACCUGGAGAAAUACCCAAAGCAAUACAUCUUCCUCCCAAAAGCAGACAGUUGGUUAGACAAAGACCUGUUUUUACUGAUAGGACAUCUGUUCCAAAAGUUAAGAAAAAUAUCACAGAAGAUCAUUUUCCCAGAAAGUCUUCAACUACUGCAACCCCUCCCUUCAGUUCAGAGGAAGAGCUGGACGAUGAGGACCUCAUCCAGGCCUAUGCCUCGCCAGACUUACUUCCUGUGCUGUCAUCUAAAAGCAACAAGAGUAGCUUUGGAAGGAGCACUGUCAAAAGUGACACUGACUGGACUGAGGGAGGUGAACUUAAGGACUCUGAUAUUUCUCCCAAGCCCACAGGAACCUCCAUUAAAACAUUAACUGGAAAAGUUGAAAAGACAGUUUCAAAUCACAGAAAUGUGAAUAAGCCAGUUGGUGGGCUUAAUGUUGCAGAGGCGUUCAUCAAAAAAGAACAAAAAGAUCUAAAGUGUGCAGAUGUGGACGAUGAUGACUGGGACAUAUCAUCCUUAGAGGAAGAGAAAUCUUUGGGGAGAAGAAUUGGAAGAGAACAGAAGGAACCUCCACCUGUGAAGAAUGAGUCCAAUUCUACUUAAGUGCCAAGUGCCUGGGGUGCAACUAACCUGAAAGGGCCAAAGGGAGAAGGACCU